CAAACUCUCCUUCAACGUCGAGACCGGGCCGUGCCCCAGUGAGACAUCAGGAACCCGGUCCCACUUUGCCAUGAGUGACUGCCCCGAGGAGUCGUGCUGGAGCGCUGUGGUGCAGCAGCAGGACGGGGAGUCCCUCUCUGUGUCCCUCUGCUCCCCACCCGAUGCACGCAUCGGCCGCUACAGCCUGACCCUGGAGACCUGCACCGACUACCAGGGCUCCAGCUACCAGAUCGGGGACUUCAUCCUGCUCUUCAACCCCUGGCACCCAGAGGACACGGUGUUCAUGCGCGACGAGAGCGAGCGCCGCGAGUACGUCCUGUCCCAGGACGGGCUCAUCUUCCAGGGCACCUGUGAUUACAUCUACUCCAUCCCCUGGAACUUCGGCCAGUUUGAGGAUGAAGUCUUGGCCAUCUGCCUCAAGAUGCUGGACAUAAACCCCAAACACCUGAGGGACCAGAACCGGGACUGCUCCCGCCGCAAUGACCCCGUGUACAUUGGCAGGGUGGUGAGCGCCAUGGUGAACUGCAAUGAUGAGGACCGAGGGGUGCUCUUUGGGCGGUGGGACAAUCGCUACGAGGAUGGGAUGAGCCCCAUGGCCUGGAUUGGGAGCGUGGACAUUCUCAAGAGGUGGAAGAAUUUUGGGUGCCAGCCAGUCAAGUAUGGCCAGUGCUGGGUCUUUGCUGCUGUGGCUUGCACUGUCAUGAGGUGCCUGGGCAUCCCCACCCGGGUGGUGACCAACUACAACUCAGCCCAUGACACCAACGCCAACCUGACCAUCGACCGCUACAUCAACGAGCGGGGGGAGCAGGAGAGGCAAUCCUGGGACAAGAUCUGGAACUUCCACUGCUGGGUGGAGUCGUGGAUGACCCGUCCCGACCUGGGAGGUGACUAUGAUGGGUGGCAGGUGCUGGACCCGACCCCUCAGGAGAAGAGUGAAGGAGUUUACUGCUGCGGGCCAGCCCCUGUCAAAGCCAUCAAAGAGGGUGACAUGCUGCCCAAGUACGACAUCCCCUUCAUCUUCGCCGAGGUGAACGCUGACGUGGUGUACUGGGUGGUGCAGGGGGAUGGGAUGCAGAAGCAGAGCAUCCGCUCCUCAGAUGUGGGGAAGUUCAUCAGCACCAAGAGCGUCGGCAGGGACAGCCGGGAGGACAUCACCCACAACUACAAAUACCCAGAGGGGUCUGAGGAGGAGCGGGCGGUGUUUGAGAAGGCAGAGCAUCAGAAGAAAUCCAUUGGGGAGGAGGAUGAGGGGCUGCACCUCAGGAUCAAGGUGUCAGAGGGUGCCAACAAGGGCAGCGACUUCGAUGUUUUUGCUGUGGUCAACAACAACACGGACGAGGAGCGUGUCUGCAGGGUGACACUGUGUGCCCGUGCCUCCAGCUACAACGGCACCCUGGGGCCCCAGUGUGGCCUCACAGACCCCGUGGACAUCGACAUUGAGCCCAGGGCAGAGAAAAGGGUGCCCCUGCGCAUCCUGUACGAGGAGUACAGGGACAAACUGACCCAGGACAACCUCAUCAAGGUGGUGGCUCUCCUGAAUGAUCACCAGACUGGCGACAUCCUCGUGGCUGUCAGGGACAUUUAUGUUGAGAAUCCGCCAAUCAAGAUAAGGAUUCUAGGAGAGCCAAUGCAGAAUCGGAAGCUGGUGGCCGAGAUCAGCCUGGUGAACCCUCUCUCCGUGCCCCUGAAUGGCUGCGUGUUCGUGGUGGAGGGUACCGGCCUCACCGAGGGGCAGCUGGUCAAGGAGCUUGAGGAGCCGGUGGAGCCACAGGCAGAGGCCAAAUUCCGGAUGGAUCUCAUGCCGCGGCUGUCGGGGCUGCAGAAGCUGAUGGUGGACUUUGAGAGCGACCAGCUGACGGGGGUCAAGGGCUACCGCAACGUCAUCAUCGCACCCCAGCCCCUGUGAGCUGCUGCCCUGGCCCCCAGCUGCAGGAACCCUGCCUUGCUGGCCCCCCUGCUUCAGCCCAACGUGUCCCAGGAGGUGACUGCCAGAGCCCAGCCUGACCCCGACACGUGGCACCGGUGCCACCCACGCUCCUCCCGGGAGCACAGGCAGGAAAAAGGGCUGGGGAGGGCUGGGGGCUGCCGUGGCAGUCGCUCACUUCACUGCUGCUCUCAGUUUGUGCUGUCUGUGCCCCAGCU